AUGGUCGCAUUCUAUCUUGUUUCUCUCCUGCUCCUAUGCGUAAUUUAUGCCUGGCAUCGACAGAAACAACGUCUUCCGCCCGGCCCAACCCCACUGCCACUGAUCGGCAACAUCCUCCAACUCCCGAACAAAGCACCAUGGGAAGCCAUGAAAGAAUUGGGUGCCAAAUAUGGCCCUAUAAUGACCGUCAAGUUUGGUUUCCGCACCGUCAUCAUACUGAACACCCGAGACGCCGCCCGCGAUCUGCUUGAAAAAAGGGCCAAUGUAUACAGCAGUCGACCAAGGAUGAUAUCCUUUUCGGAAUACCUAUUCAGAAACACCAUCCCCGUCGCAAUGCCGUACACCCCAGAAUGGCUGGCCUUGCAUCGUCUCCAGCUGCGGAUAUUGAAUCCCCGUGCAGCUCGGGCAUCAGCGCACAUCCAGGCUCUCUCUGUCAAAUGGUUCAUGUCCCAGUUACUCGAUGGGACUGCCAUUGCUGACAAGGUCGCUUGGCUGGCUGUGAAUGCGUCGUCCACUUUGGUGUUUGGUACACCCGUGGGCUCCGCUACGUUGAGCGAGGCCCAUGAGAUUGGGUUUAUUGUGGCCCAGAUCAUUGAUUCUAUUUGCAUCGAGAAUAUCCUCGUUGACCUGUUCCCCUUCCUCGACCGCAUCCCAGGCGUGAGACAGGCUGGCAUGAAACGAGGCGAUGCUGUCCUUGACACCGUAUCGCGGACUAUGGACGAUAAACUAUACAAGGCUGUCCAUAGUCCCUCGUGGAGCAUGGCGCGUGGAGUCUACCAGAACCAACCAGCCGAUAUGACCUGGGAGGGAUUCAGGAUAGGAGUGGUGGAGAUGCAUCUCGCGGCCAGUGCAGGCACGCCACUAACACUGAACGCCAUUAUCCUCAUGGCUGCCUUGCACCCCGACGAGGUGCGCAAAGUACGAGAUGAGAUUGACCGGAUUGUCGGCUCCGAUCGUCUCCCGUCACUGGAGGACUGGGACCAGCUGCCUCUCGUGCAUGCUUUCAUUGCCGAGUGUCUUCGAUUCAGAACAACCGUGCCCUUCUCUAUGCCUCAUGCCACCACCCACGACGACGAAUACAUGGGCUACCGAAUCCCAUCCGAUGCGCUGAUCCUCGCAAACCAGUGGGCUUACAACAAUGAUGAAGAUGCAUUUGACGAGCCGCAAAAGUUCAACCCCCAGCGCUGGAUCCACAACCCAGAUCUCCCCCGACCGUCCACCUUUGGUUUUGGAAAGAGAAUGUGCCCCGGUCGGCAUAGUGUGGAGAAGGUCAUGUUUCUCGUGGUGGCUUCGAUGAUGUGGGGGUAUGAUCUGACUGCCAAGGAGGGGGUAACGGAUGAACCGGUCAAGGGUAAGAGUUUGGUCUUUCAAGCAGACCUAUCCGGUGUGCGGUAUUCGUGUCGCAGUGCAAAGUAUAAAGAGGUGAUUGAACGCGAGUGGAACGAUGUCAAUCCAGAUGCCAUAGCCAAUUAUGAACAAUUAGUUACUUGCACCAUAGAAGCAGACGUAGAAAAAAAUAAAACUCGAUUCAAUAAGAGCGAAAAUACAAAGUUUAACAUCAACGGCCCGAACCUUGAAGGCAAUCCGGAAGUUGAUACUGCCCAAAGCAGGGAAUUUAAACAAAUUAGAGACCUUUUUAUAUUCCAAGUACUUAAAGGCUAUAAAUAUAUGAUGUUGCCGUCGUUGACGUAUCAGGAAGUGCUCUCUUCAUGA